AUGAGCAAGAAAGAGAUGCUGAAAAAGAUCGUCGUUGAUCAAGCCCAGUUAGCUGCUGAUGUGAGAAAUAAUCAGUUGGCUACACAGAAUCUGGAAAAGCAAUUCAAGCAUGGUUUGCAAUUGGAGGAGUUAGCUCCUAAGAAAAGGAACACUGAAGCUGUGAUGAAAGAGAGUGAACCCAAGGACGGCGAAGUUGUUGCACAAGAAGAAAGAGUGCAACCAAUAGUGAAACCACCUCCUCCAUUCCCUCAAAAGUUCAAGAAACAGAAGGAGGAUGAAUGCUUUGGUAAGUUUCUCUCUCUUUUGAAACAAGUUCACAUUAACUUGCCAUUGGUAGAUGUUUUGCAGGGUAUACCCAGGUAUGCCAAAUAUGUGAAGGAAAUUAUGGUGAACAAAAGGAGGCUGACUGAAUACGAGACUAUUGAACUUACUGAAGAGUGCAGCUCCAGAAUCCAAAAUAAGUUGCCCACUAAACUGAAAGAUUUGGGUAGCUUUACGGUUCAGAUCACUAUAGAGCAGAGCAUUCAUGCGCGAGGAUUUUUGGCUGAUAGAUCUAUUGCUAGGUCUGAGGGUAUUGUAGAGGAUGUGUUAGUGCAAGUGGGAUCAUUGAUAUUCCUAGUAGACUUUGUGGUGUUGAAUUUUGAACUAGAUCCUGAGGUCCCAUUCAUCUUAGGAAGACCUUUCUUGGCUACUGGGCGGGCUAUAAUAGAUGUAGCAGCUGGGCAACUUACUAUGCAGGCACUUGAUAAAGUGGAGGUGUUCGACAUGUACAAGGCAUUAAUGCUGCCAGCUGUUUAUGAGGAGUUGUCUACCAUGACUGUGAUAGAUCUUGAGGCAGAGGCUCAUUACAUUGCAUCUAAGGACCCUUUAGAGCGAGUGUUGGUGGGAGAUGAUAUAUAUGGGGAUGCUGAGGCACAGGAAAUGGUGCAAUAUCUUGAUGUGGCACUUGUAGGUACAUCCAGAGAUCGUUGGAAGCCGUUGAAUAAGUUGUUGGGUCUUCCACCCAAGCCCUCCAUUAAAGAAGCACCUCAGUUGGAGUUAAAAGCAUUCCCAGCCCACUUCAUGUAUGCAUUUUUGGGUGAAGAUAAAACUUUACCGGUUAUUUUAUCUGCAACAUUGUCUUAA